AUGAAGGAGAAGGAGGCGGGGGCGGGCGGGGAGCGGGGCAAGCCGGCCACUUACACCGGGGACAAGAAGGCGCGCAUGGCGGCCAAGACGAACAAGAAGUGGGUGCGCUUGGCCACCGUGCUGGCCUACGUGCUGUCCGUCUCCUUGGCCGCCAUCGUGCUGGCCGUCUACUACAGCCUCAUCUGGCAGCCGGUGAGAGGCGGCGGUCAGCCGCACCCCCAGCCCCAGCCGCCCGAAGCGCCCCCCAGCCCCGUCGACCCAGGAUCCAGCAACGGAGAGCGCCCGGCGGCGCCGAUCGAAGGCGGAGAUGGCGACUCUUCCGCUCCAGUAAAUCCCGCUGACAACUCGGAUCCGUAAGGACUCGUCCCGGCCCAGGAGGUCGGAGGCACAACUCCACACCUCCCCACCCACCCCCGGAACUGAUCGGACAGCACCGACGGCGUCGGAGCCCCGGAUCACGGAGGGCCGGAGGCGGCCAGUGGGAGAAUCGCGCAGCCGCCGCGGGAAACGGGACCCCGGACUCGACUGGACUGGACUCGCUCUCUUGCAACCGCCCAACCCCGCCACAGGACCCCGCCAAUCGCUGCUGUGGACUCCGAGGGCCUGGGGCUCAGAGACGCUUUUGGUUUUACCUCGCCCUCCUGGCAAAAGACUCGGGCAGGGAAGACUGUAACGGUGUUAGCUCGCCCCCCCCUUUUUUCCCAAAUAUGAUUUAUUAAUCAAUAAAUACUGGGGGAGCCACGUGAAACGGAGCUCAGGUAUGUCAGCCACUCUGAAAUGUACCCGAUGCAUUUCCUUUGUAUUCUUGUGUAUAAAUUCUUUGUAUAAAGAUGCACUUAACUAAUGCAUAGAAAAGAGCUAUAUAGUCUAUAUUCUGGACACGCAUAUGUUGGCAAAGGAGAUGGAGAAUGGUAUUCAAAGGGCUAUUGGGUGAGGGGGUGGGGAACGUAACUAUGAAAUUCACAUCCAAACCGGGCCCAGGAGUUGGGGCCGCUUCUCUAAGACCCAGGCCAGUAAUUCUGACUUGACCCAAAGUUUUAUUCCUGUUCGCUUCAUAUGUAUUUUGUUAGACAUGGGUUUCUUGAUUUUAAACCAGAAUGAACCCCUGAUGUCAUCUGCUGUAAACAUGGUCAGAAAAGAAUUUAUUUCAGAAGUGUUAAUGUUCUCACUUACACCCCAAUCUUUUGUCUGAAGACAAGGGAGAGUAAAUCUGUUCUUGACCGUUCUUAGCAAAGCUACAUUGGAUUUGAUGCUCAUUUACUUAGUUCUGUGCUAUUUCUGUUAUGUGAUAGUUGCUCCCUCUCUUCAGUCUUAAACCUUGAGGUUUUCAAUGGGGUUAUUCCUAAGGUUUUAGACCUUCCUAUAUCACCAUUCUCUAUUUGGAUCAACUUCACUCUUUCUUCCAGCAGUGAGUAAAAAAGAGUUAAAAGAUAUCUCUUCUGAGUCCUCACAUCUUCCUUUUUCCUUCUCCUUGAUGUUCGGGACAACUGCUGGAGCUUGUUAGAACAAGUAAAUUGGAUAUUUAAUACUAUGCUGGUAUAUCUGUUGGGGCUGCAGACCAGAAGUGGUGAAAGCCAGCUCUAUUAGUAGUUCCAGCAUUUACAUCAGUAGUAAAGCAGCUAUGCAACCUCCUUCAUAAAGUAGUUCAGCCUUUCUCAACCUGGCGCCUUCAGAUGUGUUGGAUAAAAAUUAUUGUCAUGCCCAGUCAAUUGACUGAGUUGGCUGGAAUGAUGAGAUUUGUAGUCCUGGACAACUAGAGGUAAUAGGCUGAAUAAGGUUAGCCUACUGCUUUCCUUGGACUAGCUUUAGAAGCCUUGUUUUUUUAUAUUUUUAUCUUGUGUAUUAGAAAUUUAACUUACAGUAUGAGCUGACACCUUUCUUGAUAUAGUUGAAGGAUUUAAUGAUGCUGAAAGGCAUGGCUGAUAUUCAGGCUUAUUUAUAAAUAAAUUCUUUUUUUCUUACAAAACUCAUAGUGCACAUUUUGCUAGAUUAAUUUCUUGUCAUGGGAAAGUGGGAAGUCCUUCUAAAGGCUACUUUAUGCAAUGUUCUAUAGGCAGAUUAGGCUUAGCAUCAAACACCCACCCAUACACACACACACACACACACACACACACACACACACACACACUUGCAGAAUGAAUCUUGUGACCAAUUAAAGGCUGUUUGCUACUUUGAAUCAAGCCAACUAAUAUGGCUGCCCCUCUGGAAUGUAUACACUGUUAAUGUGUCACAGAUAUGUUUUACUGAUGCAAGUGUUCAAAUCAGAUAGUAACUCUGAAUGUCACAUACUAAUCUGUGGAAUUCCAUCAGAAAAAAAAAUAUUCCUAGAAAAAUAUAAUCUAUGAACUAGCCCUUAGUUCACUGGGCACCAGUAAAUAAGACAGUGAAAGCACAUUGUGCAAUUCUAUACAUGUUUAUUUAGAAGCAAGUCUGGGACUUUACCGGCACAAGCUUAUGAGUUUAGUUGGCUGCUUCCAUUGCAGUUUGCUGCCCAAUUAAACCAGGGAUCCUGUCUGGCUAUAUAUCUGUGUGGUUGGUUUCUUGAAUUCAGCAUAUUAUUCCAUAGUCAGUAACUGAAUCCCCCAAAGCCAAUAUUUUGCAAUGAAGAAUAUGCUAGUAGGUGAUACAAAGGAAGGCCAGGGGCCUUUAAGGAAAAAUAAAAGACCAAAAUGCUAUCUUUAUUCUAGUAAAUAAAAAUAUGUGCCCUUAGAGGAAUUUCCACUAUAUUUUUUAUAUGUUGUAUAUUUAAAACUAUUAGUCAUGUAUUUUAAACAAGCAAAGACACUUGAUGUGGUUUUGGGAAUGAUUACGUUCUUGGAAAGAACAAAGCAAAAUGUUGAAAAAAUUGCUAUAAUGUCUAAGCCAUCCAGCCACUUUACUUUGUAUUGUUAUCACUGAACAUCAGAUUUAAGUUUAAGGUUGUAAACAUGCUUUCAUGUUGUCUAUAUCUAAUUCAGCCAUGUAAACUAUGUCUGCAUUCAGAAGUUCUGUAUAUUUUUUAAAAAAAUAUUUUUAAGGUUAAAAAAUACAUUGAGAGAUUUCUGCCUAAAAA